UGCGCGGCUUUGGGGUGAAUUCCCACAGCUUCGGGGCCGUGAAUUCCAGGGCGAAUCCGCGGAGACGUGGGGGUUUGAGGUGAACCCGUGUGAGCUGGGGUCCGCUGAGGGUUCUGGGGUGAAUCCCGGAGGAUUUGGGCCCUGUGCGGCUCCGGGCCCGGCGCGGGACGCGCACCCGUUCCCAUGGCAACGCGCCCUUCUCCGCGGCGACCAAUCAGCGUCGGCCCCGCCCCGGCCGGAAUUUGCGCGACGGCGCACGCCGGAAGUGGAAGGGGCGCAGACCGGAAGCGGGGCUGGGAGCGGAAGCGGCGGCGGCGCCAUGCUGCGCUUCGUGCUGCUGUUCAGCCGCCAGGGGAAGCUGCGCCUGCAGCAGUGGUACCGCGCCGGGGCGGAGCGGGACAAGCGGAAGGCGGCGCGGGAGCUGAUGCAGGCGGUGCUGGCGCGCAAACCCAAGAUGUGCAGCUUCCUGGAGUGGGGCGAGCUGAAGGUGGUCUACAAGAGCCCACACUCCGGGACCCCCCCCCAAAAUGCCGCUUGGGAGGGGCACCCCCAGACCCCCGCAGGUGGGGGGGGAAGGCGCUGCCCCUUGGGACCCUUCGGUUUAACGGGACCACGGGGGGGGCAUGGGGCCCCCCAAUAAAUGGAUGAGAGCGGA